UAUACAAUACAUAACUAAAAGCACAUUUUCAUUAUUUGGCCAAAAAAUUAAACCAAAGAUGUGCUAAAAAUGAAAGAUUCAUUCACUGAUCGUAUUAGUGAUGGAUUAUCGCAAGAAUUACUUAAAUAUUUACCAUUUAAGGACAAACUCCGCUUAGAGUCGGUCUCCAAACAAUUUCAACGAACCAUUUAUACCAAACAAUACAUACUAUUUCUCGGACCGAACAACAACUAUGAAGAUGUUUCGAAAAGCACUGAACAGAGCAUAAGAAACAACGAAUGCCUGGCCUUUACCUCUCAGGAAGCGCUGGAAUCAGUUCUGAAAAAGUGCCGAAAUAUCAGUGAAAUCUAUAUAAUUGACGAGUCAUACAAUCCCUUACAAAACGAUGGCCUCAUUUCGGCGGUCUUUAAUCAUUGUCACAAUUUAGAUGCCAUUAAAUGCUCUUUCGAUGGACUGACCGAUAAAAAGAUCGCACAAUUUCUGCACCGAUUCGGUGAAGAGAUCCGAAAACUUGGUCUUUACGAUGAGUUCCGCUUUGCACCCCAUCCUUACAAUCGACAUCUCAUAAAAUAUAUGCCUAAUAUUAACGAACUGACGGUUAGUUCGCCCAAAUGGCUGAGAGGUCAGGAGAGUGAGGCCACACAUCUGACCAAAUUGGCACUUUGGCUCAUCGCAGACCAGAGGGAGACCAUAGAGGCCAUCAUCGAUGCCAAUUGGCAAACCUUAUCGUACAUUCAUUUCUAUUCACAUAAUUAUCAAACCCCGCAAAUGUACUCUUUGUUUGAGAGAUUAAAACGAGUUAAGGGUUUAAAGAGUUUUCGGUUCGACAACUUCCGCAAAGAGUGGAUGGAAUUGUCUUUCAAUUGUCCGUUUCAUUUAUAUUUGCGCCAAUUGUCGGUUAAUUGCCAACAGAUCCGAGAGAUUUGCAUCAAAUUGUACACCAAUUCUGGCGUUAAUAGAAAUGUGUUUUUUUCGAUCAAAUACUUCUACCGAUUGAAGCGUUUGAGUCUUCAUUUGGUGAAUGAGUUGGAGAGCGAUCACUACAACUACUCGUCCCAAUCGUUGGCCGCAUGCAAGCAAUUAGAGCGCCUUUGCCUUAACGUUAGUCAUAUAACCGACGAAUUCUUUGUGAACAGCGAUACGAGUCUAAAAAGAUUACAACAAAUUGAAUUGAAAAAUACAGUGAUAUCGGAAGAGGCUUUCCAAUGGUUGGCCAAACACAGCAAACUCGAAGCCAUUAGUCUGACAGCUAAACGGGGUUUAGUGGUCACAUACGUACCCGACGUGACUGUCAAUCAUAUAAUCAAUAAUAAUCCGAGAUUGAGAUCAAUUAAAUACAUGAGUGAAGACAACGCUUUGCUCGACGUGACUGAUGAAGACACGCAUCGGAUAAGACAAGAAUCCAAAAAUAUAAAGUUAUACAGUAUAACAAGCGGUCGAUUUGUAUGA